AUGGAUAAGCCGGACUUGUACAACCUCGGGUGUGCUCCCCUCACGCUGCUGGCCGCCAAACAGGUUGACGAGCUGUGGCCGGUCCUCACGUGGCCGAGGCAGCCGCUGCCGGUGCUCGACAUUGGCUGCGGGCCCGGUGACGUCGCCAGGAAGAUUUUAGCUCCGCGGCUGCCACCGGGUACGAAGCUGGUGGCCUGCGACAUCAGCACAAAGAUGCUGGAGUUCUGCAGGCAGCACAACGCGCUGCCGGGCACCAUCACGUACGAGCAGCUAGACGUGGUUCAGCCCGACCUGGUGAACUCCGCCGUGUGGCAGUACGCGCCCUUCGGCAAGGUGUUCUGUCUGCUGCUGCUGCAUUGGGUGCCCGACAACAGGCGUGCUGUCCAGAACAUUCACAAGCUGUUGGUGCCUGGAGGAGAGGCUGUCUUCAGCAUAAUAGCUAACAUGGUGUUUUACACAGCGUUUGAAGAAAUGGCGAAAGACUCGCGUUGGGCGCGGUACAUGCAGGACGUGGAGGAGUUUGUUUCUCCGUACCAGCACAGUGAGGACCCAGUGAGCGACUUCCGCCAGCUGCUGCAGAGCGAGGGCUACCAGGUGCUGCACUGUGACGUAGCGCCGCAGGUGCUCUUCUUCCCGAGUGAGAUGCAGCGCAGAGUUGUGAAACAAAUUGGGGACGUGGCGGAGUUCGUUUCUCCUUACCAGCACAGUGAGGACCCAGUGAGCGACUUCCGCCAGCUGCUGCAGAGCGAGGGCUACCAGGUGCUGCGCUGCGACGUGGCGCCGCAGGUGCUCUUCUUCCCGAGUGAGAUGCAGCGCAGAGCAUAA